CAGAGGAAGACCUUUGGCAAGGAACUUUCGGCUAAAGUGCUGGCACCUUGCAAGCGUUCUCCUAUUUUAGCCUGUGAAAAGUUGGAAGGUUUGCACAAGCUCCUUCUCAGCUCUUUCACUUCCUCCUGCGACCAUCUGGAGGAGCACAAACCUCUAGGGUGCAACGGUUUCCUGGACAGUGGUUGCAGGCUGGUUUAUUAUAUUUGCUUCCGAAAGCACACCCACCUCCCACCCCCCAGACCAUCUAAGGAGAUGUAAAGUGACCUGCUCACACCCAUGAGAGAGAGAGAGCUCUGUGUCGUCUCCUGGGGAAGGGCAGAAGGCAAAGUGGAUGAGUUGCAAGGAAACACCACACCAGGACUUGCGGGGAACCAAAGCCUGAAGAAGCAGCCAGAGGUUUCUCACCUGCAGCGGUUGGCAGAGACCAAGGCGGCGUUUCAUCCAUGGGGCACAAAUUCUCGGACAAAGUGUCCUCGUUCCUCUUCGAAUAUGACACGCCAAGGAUGGUUUUGGUGCGGAACAAGAAGGUGGGGCUCACCUUCAGGCUGAUACAGCUGGUGGUCCUUGCCUACAUCAUUGGGUGAGUGCAUCUUCUGUCGUUUGGGUCAACCAGCUUGUGGGAAGGGGCCAUCGUUCAGUGGUGGAGCAUCUAUCUGCCUUGCAUGCAGAAGGUUUUGGGUUCGAUCCCCAGUGACUUCUCCAGGUAGGACUGGGAGACACUCCCUGUUCCUCUUUAAAUCAGCCCUUCAUUCGGAAUAAUGAGGUCUAGAAUCUUGCUUUACUUUUAAGGAAAGGGCUGCAGCUCACUGACCUGGAUGGACCAAUAGGCUCCACUUUAAAUCCUCAGUCUAAGGCAGUUUGCUACGUUCCACUAGCUAUUCUGUAACUAGGUUAGUAUCAGGCCGUUUGCCAAUUGCACCUCCCUCUCCAAUCUAUUUAACUCUCUUCAUUUAACCAGCUGAUUGAUGAAUUAAUUAAUGGAAUUAAUUGAACUAAUCAAUAACAUCGUGGGUUUUCUCUCAUAUGGGUUCAAUGGAUAGUAGCAAGUUCCUCUUGUUCUUCUUAUUUACAUUUCUAUCUCAUCUUUCCUCUAAGCAGCUCAAAGUGGCAUAUAUCGUUGUCCCUCUCCCCCUCCACCCUCCCAACAGUCCUGCGAGGUAGGCCAGGCUGAGAGCCAGUGAUUGGCCCAAGGUCACCCAGCUAUUUGUUGUGUUGAAAAAUCCUGUCUUAUUGAGGCAAGCCGGUGCCUGCCAAUCAAUCAUUUCCAUCUCUUUCUAAAUAUCCUUUCUGCGCACACGAAAACGCAAAAGUAAACAUGGCAAUAAAAAUCCACGGUCAGCCAACUGUUAAGAAAAAUCAGGACAGCUACCCAGAAAUAGCUUGCCAGGAGCUGGGAUGCCAUCAGCCCUCCAGAGGCUUCCUGGCCCAAAAGCCAUGUCCGAAGUUACAGGCCCCUGCUUCUCCCUCUUCCAGAAGUCCUAUCAGCCCCUUCCCCUGGGAGAAGAGGGAGGAGGCAGCCAGGAAGCACAGGAGACAGUUAACCCUUCCGCUAGUGUGCAAAACUGGCACAGGGGACAGACAGCCUGCUAAUCUUGCCAGAGAUCUAGCAUUGGGCACUCCUGGCCCAAAAGGAUUCCUGCAGUCUGAGCCAAAGGGCACACAAGACUCUGCAACCAAGGGAAGCAUUUUAUUGCUGUAAUGCUGUCAGGUUUUGUUUGUUUUGGUGUGUUUUGUGUGUUUAUUGUUGAUGUUUUGUGGAAAGCUGUUCAUAAAUGCAAUGCAAUGAUAUAAUCAGAGGCAUAGGAAGGAGGGUGCGGGGGGUGCGGGCCACCCUGGGUGUCAUCCUGGGGGGGGAGGUUUGACAAAAUGUCACACCACGGGGGCGGCACUUACUGCAGGGCCUGGUCUGCAGCGCGCCUGAGUCACGCGUCUCUCCUGGGAGUGACGUGGUGGCUUGGGGCCCCGCGCUGCCCGAAAUGGAUCGCCGCAGCACCCCCUGGCAGAUCGCUGCAGCAUCCCCAUGCGUGGAUCGCCCCGCCCCCCACCACUCCGGGUACCAGAGCAGCUAGCUAAGCCCCUGGAUAUAAUAGCCAUCUUCAGUAAAUGGCUGUGACAUGGAAGAGAAGAAGAAGAAGAGUUUGGAUUUGAUAUCCCGCUUUAUCACUGCCCGAAGGAGUCUCAAAGCGGCUAACAAUCUCCUUUCCCUUCCUCCCCCACAACAAACACUCUGUGAGGUGAGUGAGGCUGAGAGACGUCAGAGAAGUGUGACUAGCCCAAGGUCACCCUGCAGCUGCAUGUGGAGAAGCGGGGAAGCGAACCCGGUUCACCAGAUUGCGAGUCCACCGCUCUUAACCACUACACCACACUGGCUCAAGUCAAGUCAUAGAAUCAUAGAACUGUAGAGUUGGAAGGGACCCCAGGGGUCAUCUAGUCCAACCCCGUGCAAUGUAGCAAUUUCAGCUAAAGCAUCCAUGACAGAUGGCCACCCAACCUCUGCUUAAAAGCCUCCCAUCAAGUCUGCAAACUUCCAAGGCAGUCUGUUCCACUGUCAAACAGCUCUGACGGUCAGAAAGAUUUUCCCGAUGUUUUGUUGGCAUCUCCUUUCUAAAGGUGGAGCAAGCUAGUUUUCUGCUGCUCCAGAGGGGAGGCCCUAAACCAAUGUAUUCCAACAGCAUGAAAGGAGAUUCUGACUCAAUAUUAGGAAGGAUUUUCUGACGCUAAGAGCUGUUUGACAGUCGACUCGACUCCCUCAGAAGGUGGUGCGCUCUCCUUCCUUGGAGGUUUUGAAACAGAGGUUGGAUGGUCACCUGUCAUGGAUACUUUAGCUGAGAUUCCUGCAUUGCAGGGGGUUGGACUAGAUGACCCUCAGGGUCUCUUCCAACUCUACUAUUCCAUGAUUAUAUGAAAUGGAAGCCUGAAGCUCCAACUGUUUACACUUUACCAAGGACAGUCCUGGCCCCUAAACCUGUGAAGUCUUGAGAUCUAGGCCUGUUCUGUUAAGGUAGCAGAGCAAUCGCUUUUUGUGAGGGCGCGGACCCUACAGCCACUGGCACGGCUAGGAAAGCCUCCCAGUUUGCAAACCUGGAGAGCUGCAAUCAGAUAGUGUUGAUAAUACUGAGCUACAUGGACCAAUGGCUAGUAUAGAACAGCUUCCUAGGCUCCUCCUUAAUGCAGUGCAAUGAGGACUAGAAUCUUGCUUUGCUUUUAAAGUGGAAGGUCAGAGAUCUGUGGAAGAAUUCUGCACUGAAGAUUGGGAAAAUGAGAAACAGAGAAAAUGUGGAAUUGACAGGUGCCGCCAUCCCUAGUGAUUUGUAAGUCCUGAGCUGCUAAGGAGGGGUGGAAAGGAGAUGGAUCUUCUAUUAUUCUACCCAUCUUCCCAGGAAAAAACAAAGGAGGUUGCUGGCACACAGUGUGGUUCCUGAAGACAAGAUAGCUUCCAGAGAUCUCCUCCAGGACUCUCAGAAAGCAAUGCGUAUUCCAAACAGUGACAAACAGAAAAGCAACAGUUGUAAAACUUUUGCAAUUAAACAUUUAAGUGUGCUUUGGGGUGUUUACAUCUCCAGGAGUGUUUUGCAACCAAGUCCUAGAACGGUUGCCGGCAUUAGAUUAGUGCCUAAUUAGGCAUCAACGAAUUUGUCAAUUUCGCUUUCUCUCAAUUUAUCUUUUCCCGCCCAAUCUCAAGCUCAGUUCUUCACUUUUCUGCAUCAGUUUGUAAUUUAAAAGAAAUGAGUCAUAACAUGCCCGUGGUUUGGUUUUUUAAAGCAGUUACCUUUAAUUUAAUUUAGUUAUAAGUCCCCACUGCGGAAGGACGUGUGGAUCCAGAAUUGGCCUCCACAGUCACUUACGGACUCACGGUUAAGACUGUGUUCGUGGAAGACAAUCUUACUUAGCCAAAGAAGAAAAAUUCCGUUAUAAGAAUAUGUAUAUGCCACAAUUCAUUAAAAAAAUCUGAGCAUUUUACAAAAACAUUACGUUAAAAAUCAUACAAUAAAAAUAAUAGUAAACAAGUGGAGAUCAGCUGACUAUUAAUGCAUUUUCCUUCAAUAUAUACAUUUCUGAUGAACACUUUCCCCUAGUAUGCACGUUUUUGUUUGGCUGGAGAAUUGCAUUUGGUGAAGUGCGAAUUUCAAAAGAUGGCCCCUUUCACAUCACAUAUUGCUUGCGGAAUUGUGAAUUAGGUAGGUUCACAUGGAAAUGCAAACCAAUUUGGAUUUCUGAUCCAUUUCUACUAAUUCAUUUCCUAUCUACGUGGGUUUGGGCGAUUCAGUUAGCUGAGUUCUCCCCCAGCAUAUGUAAGAUUUGCUCAGGAUACAAGAUGAGCUAUUUUAAAACCAUAUACAAGUUUGAAAUAGCUUGUCUAAAAGCUCAUCCACACUUUUUCUUGUCCCGCCGCUUUCUCCUAGGGGAAACCGCUCUUUAGUGCUCAAUCGGAGCAAACAUCAGUUGAGUUUUCUCCAAAUUGACAUUUGGUCCGAUUGAGCACCAAAGAGUGGGUUUUCCCUGGGAAAGGAAUGGGGCAAGGGGAAAUCGCUUGGACCCUCCCCUCCCCUUGGACCCAUGCUAAGAAAGUGCAGAUUAAGUGGGAAAUCGCUGAAAUCUGUGCUUUCUAAGCACAGGACAAGCAGGAUGAGCCCUAACUCUCUGAAGCCAACCUCACUUCCUGGAUGAGACCAAAUAGUUCAUUUUGUCCAGGGUCCUGUUUUGACUCUCAGUGGUCAACCAGAUGUCUUAGAAGAAGCCAACCAGCAAGGUUUUAAGGCAAUAGCCUGGAAUAAUAGAGAAUGGUAGAAUUGUAGAGUUCGAAGGGACUGAAAAGGUCAUGUGGUCCAACUCCAUUCAAUAGGCAAAGUGGAUGGAGAACAGUUUUUCUCCUUUCCUCCUAAUACUAGAACUAAGUGUUAAAUCACUAGAUAAAUAUUGAUGAUUGCCGAUAUCCUAGAAACGACACUCUCAAGCAGUAGAAAACCACUCAGGCGGUCUUGAGGGCCUCUCGGCCUCCGAAUGAUUGUUCUGGGAGAGGCACAGGUGUAAAUCUGCUGUAAAUCUGAUCCCUUCGCAGCAAAUCCGGUUCUGUAAUAAUAUUUGCAUGCAGCAAUAAAACAUGCUCCAUCUGUCCCUAUUAUUUUUUAUUCACCACUGUCCAUCUUGUGUCAUGCAGUGAUCAAAUGCUGUUACUGGGGGUGCUGUUUUUUGUAACUUUUUUAAAAAUUUCAUUUUAUAGCGUAUAUAAAACUGAGAGGACGGUGAGAACAACAGUUCAAAAUUAAAAGGUGAAAAGCAAAGCUAUAAAAUAGGAGUGUAGAAUGAGCACAGCUGCACAUGGGGGAAAAUAACAAAGUCCUAGUAAAGAAUAUUAAUGUUAUCUGAUUAUCAGAUAAUAUAGUUCCAGAUGGGCAAAGCUUGUGGGGUGGGUUGUCUUGAAAACAAUGGUUCUGUGGUAUAUGUAAUAAAAUAAUGUCAAAUUGUAUAAAUAGUGUCUGGAAGUUCUGCAGAAAUCUCAAAUUGUGCAUAAUUUUCUCCAUUGUUGCUAUAUUCCAGAGUUAAUGGUACCAAGCAAAGUGUUGGUUCUGUUGAAAUGGGUGGCACUGUGGUCUAAACCACCGAGCCUCUUGGGCUUGCUGAUCAGAAGGUCGGCAGUUCGCCCUGCAAAGGGGUGAGCUGCCAUUGCUCUGUCCCAGCUCCUGCCAACAUGGCAGUUUGAAAGCACACCAGUGCAAGUAGAUAAAUAGGUACCGCUGUAGUGGAAAGGUAAAUGGCGUUUCUGUGCACUUUGACUUCCACCACAGUAUCCCGUUGUGCCAGAAGAGGUUUAGCCAUGCUGGCCACAGGACCCGGAAAGCUGUCUGUGGACAAAUGCCAGCUCCCCAUACCUGAAAGUGAAAUGAGUGCCGCACCUCAUAGUCGUCUUUGUCUGGACCUAACCGUCCAGGGGUCCUUUACCUUUUUUUUUUUUAACUGUUGUGGGGAGAGGGCUCUUGCACUCAAAUCCUGAUUGCUAGUUUCCACAUUGGGGCAUCUGGUUGGGGCACCGAGCCGAGGGGGCACCUUCUCAAUAAUAAUUUUAAUAAAAAUUUAUUAUUUUUACCCUGCCCAUCUGGCUGGGUUUCCCCAGCCACUCUGGGUGGCUUCCAACAAAGAUUAAAAAUACAUUAAAAUGUCACACAUUAAAAACUUCCCUAAACAGGGCUGCCUUCAGAUGUCUUCUAAAUGUCAGGUAGUUGUUUAUCUCUUUGACAUCUGAUGGGAAGGCGUUCCAGGGCGGGUGCCACCACCGAGAAGGCCCUCUGCCUGGUUCGCUGUAACUUGGCUUCUCGCAGUGAGGGAACCCCCAGAAGGCCCUUGGCGCUGGACCUCAGCGUCCGGGCAGAAUGAUGGGGGUGGAGACGCUCCUUCAGGUAUACUGGGCCCCGCUAAGUGCUUGCCUGUCUUCGGAAAGGAGGCGUGAGGGCUUUGGCAGGGUCCUAAAUCCCUCCCAUCUCCUUUCCAAAGCUGAGACAGAGCUAAAUAUGCUUUGGGAAGGAAGUGGGAUGACUCUAGGACCCUGUCAGAGCCUUCCGCGUCCUUCAAAAUACCGCCUCUGCCCCACAAGCCAUUUCCUGCCUGGGGCAGCCCAAAAAAGUUAGAGAAGAAGAAACCAAGAGAGGAGUAUUCAGUGGCAGAAAAUGUCACGGCCUGGGUGCCACCACCAAGAAGGCCAUGCCACAGUGAUGAAUGUCUUCCUUUCCUCUACAGUCAUAGAAAUGGAGGGGAUCCAAGAAAUCAUUUAGUCCACCCCCCUGCAACAUGCCUUCCUUGGUGUCUCAGAUGAUGAUGGGGCUGUGAGCAGCCAGAGACCCUAGCAUCGUUCGGACUGUGUUUCUUGGCUCAUGCACCAAGAUGCCUUUUCGACAGAAACUUGGCGACGUGCCCUGCUCCUCAGCAUAAACGUCGUAACUUAUUUUCCGGAACAGACUAAAAUUAAUAUACCCUGGCUCUUUGCUUGCCAGAUUCUCAUUCCCAGCCUCAUGAGAGAUGGGCAAAGGGCAGUUCAGCUACAAGCAGAGAAUGUCUGGAAGCUUUUUGUGUUUAUUUGGGAAUUCCCAGCCCUACAUAUGAUACUUUAAAAAAAGAGUAAAAUUUAAGUUUCAUGGGGAAUGAUAAUCCAAUUGUUGUCGCUGACGCCUUAUAUCCUCUGUGUUAAACCAAUGUGUUGGCGGUGCGGAAAAAAUGAACAGAAUGUAGUUUCAUGCCCUUUGCAUUAGCUCAGGGGACUAUCUGAUGCAGCUGAGUGUUGGAAGAAUCACGACAGGCAAAAGAAAGGACUUCUUCCCGCAGUGUAGAUUUAAACGAUGGCAUUUGCUCCCAGAAAAUAUAGUGAAAGACAAAUCUGUGGAGGACCUGUAUACUAGCCCCAAUGAAUACCGUGUUUUUCUGUGUAUAAGACUGUUGUGAAGAAGCUACCUCCUCAACAACUUUGGGGCAACCUCGCCCAAAAAGGCUGAACAACUCAAGGGUGAUCGCCCCCCAAAAUAUUGAUUUCUUAAUUCUGGGUUCAAAAAAAUAGGUGUUGUCUUAUACACAGGGGCGUUUUAUACAUGGAAAAAUACAGUACAUUCUAUUGUUUAUUUAUUUGUAAUAAAUGUGGUGUACGUGGUUCUCCCGCUCCUCAUCUAAUCGCCACAACAACUCUAUGAGGUAGGUUUAGCUGAGAGGCAGUGACUGGCCCAAAGUCACCCAGUGAGCUUCAUGGCAGAACCAGGAUUUGAACCCUGGUCUGCCAGAUCUAGCACUUUUAACUGUUACCCCACACCAGAUGUGCUGUAUCACAUGAAAAUAUUGUAGUGCGAUCAGGGCCGGUCCACCCACAAGGCAACAUGAGGCGGCGGCCUUAGGCAGCGGCAGGAUUCACAGCGGCAGCGGAUCUGGUGCAUCACCCACUGCAACAGCUGCAGCUUGCUCCUUGAAUGCCAGAUCCGCCUCCUCCUCAGCAUCCUCAAGAGCCAGUUUGGUGUAGUGGUUAAGAGCGGUAGUCUCGUAAUCUGGGGAACCAGGUUCACGUCUCCGCUCCUCCACAUGCAGCUGCUGGGUGACCUUGGGCCAGUCACACUUCUUUGAAGACUCUCAGCCCCACUCACCUCACAGAGUGUUUGUUGUGGGGGAGGAGGGGAAAGGAGAUUGUGAGCCGCUUUGAGACUCCUUGGGGUAGUGAUAAAGCGGGAUAUCAAAUCCAAACUCCUCCUCCUCCUCCUCUUCUUCUUCUUCUUCUUCUUCUUCUUCUUCUUCUUCCUCCUCCUCCUCCUCCUCCUCCUCCUCCUCCUCCCCCUCCCCUCAAUGCUGCCUCUACAAGGUUGAAAAAUAGGAGGCUGGUCUCCUCUCAGCCCUAGGGAGGAAAUGACAGGUGCUGCUGGGCUCUGCACCCAUCCAGUAUCAUUCACAGUAACAAACCCUCCAAGUGUCCCUAUUUUCCAGGGAUGUCCGCGAUUUAGAGAAGCCAUCCGGGUUUCUGAUUUGAUCCCGGAAUGUCCCACUUUUCCUUAGGAUGUCCCUAUUUUUGUUGGAGGUUAUGGAGUCAUCCAACCCCCGAGCCGUCUGAAGGCAAUCCUGUAUAGUGAAGGGUUUUUAAAAAUUACUUAAUGUUUUAUUAUGUUUUUAUAUAUGUUAGAAGCUUCCCAGAAUGCUGGGGCAACCCAAUAAGAAGUGUGGGGUAUAAAUAGUAAGAUUAUCGUUAUGGAAUGGGAUGUCCUUAUUUUCAUCGGAGAAAUGUUGGAGGGAAUGGAGUGGCCCGCUCCCCCCCCCCACUCCUGCCCAGUGGUGGUCUUUGAUUCCCCCUUCAACCAUUGAGUAAGGUAGAUUUAACUUUCCUCCUUGCUCCCGAUGGAGAUAUUUAUUCCCCCUUUGCUCCUGAUGUAGGUCUUCACUUACCCCUUCUUCCCUGGUAUUUGGGGGGAAGGCCGCCAUUUUGAGGUUUGCCUCAGGUGCCAAAAUGCAUUGGGCCGGUCCUGAGCCUGAUGUUAUAAUAGCGGCUUAUAUUUAGUAAAAACGAAAAAUAUCCAGCAACCACUUUCACUUCGCUCCAGGAAUGCCAUAUGUGGCUGGAAGUGUCCCCUUUUAUUUUGCCAGAUUAGCAUUCCCUCAAAUCAGAUCCCUUCCGUUUUGACUCCGCAAAUAGCCCAUUAGGUCACAAGCAAAACACAGCGGAUUGAUUCAUCCUGGCUCUCGGAGGCGGUAAAGGAAGCCAUCACUUUUCGAGCUGAAAUCCAAGAUUGUGUGGCAUGGUCUGCUCGAGACUGCCGGGCUAAAAAAGGAGAUAAAUCUGGUUUUCAUCCCCACAGCAGAAUGUGGGCAUGACUCCCACGGCAUAAGAGAUGAAGUAGAUGUUUUGAACCAGGUCUCCUCUUGGUCUCACACUAAAGCAAGACAGCUGUGACAAUUUAAGAAGAGCCUGCUGGAUCAGGCCAAUAAAUAAACCAUCUAAUCCGGCCUGCUGUUCUCACUGUGGCCAACCAGAUGCCUGUGGGAAACCCACAAGCAGGAUUCGAACACAAGAUCCCUCUCCCCUCCUGUGGUUUCCAGCAACUGGCAUUAAGAAGCAUCGCUGCCUCCAACUGCAGAGGCUGAGCUAGUAUUCAUUGGUAGCUGUACCCUCCUUGAAUUUGUCUAUCUCUCUUUUAAAGCCAUCCAUGUUGGUGGCCAUUACUGCCCCCGUUCAAUGAGUUCCGUGGUUUAACUCUGCACUGUGAAGAAGUCCUUCCUUUUAUCCCUGCAACAUUUCGCUAGACAGGCUGGUUUUAGCCUUAAAAACUAAAAGGCUAGUAAUCCAGAAUGCUUUAAGGCAGAUUGGAUUUCCCUGGUAUUCCUCCCCCCCACCCCCCACUUUCUCCCCCUCAAAAUAACCACCACACAAACAGUCUUGUAAAAGGUGAAAAUAACAUUUAUUCACUCAGAAUACAGGUAGGUAGCCGUGUUGGCCUGCUGUAGUUGAAACAAAAAUUUUUAAAAAUCCUUCCAGUAGCACCUUAGAGACCAACUAAGUUUGUUAUUGGUGUGAGCUUUAAUUGCUGAAGAGUAGUAACAGGUACAGCAGCUUUGUUCAGGCAGGCUUAAAAUGGGCUUCAGUGCUCAGAAAGGAAGAUGAUUAGAUAGAUAGAUAGAUAGAUAGAUAGAUAGAUAGAUAGAUAGAUAGAUAGAUAGAUGAUAGAUAGAUAGAUAGAUAGAUAGAUAGAUAGAUGAUAGCUAGAUAGAUGAUAGAUAGAUAGAUAGAUGAUAGAUAGAUAGAUAGAUAGAUAGAUAGAUAGAUAGAUGAUAGAUAGAUAGAUAGAUAGAUAGAUAGAUAGAUAGAUAGAUAGAGAUAGAUAGAGAUAGAUGAUAGAUGAUGAUAGAUGAUAGAUAGAUAGAUUAGAUAGAUAGAUAGAUGAUAGAUAGAUAUAAAUAUGUAACAGGAAGACUGUGAGCGUCAGCUCUCAUGAUGUGCCUAUCUAGCAAGAUAUGAAUUGUAGGUCUGGCUGCUUUUUGAAUAUCCCAGAAUUUCAACUUUCCCUCCCCCUCCUUUAGGGCUCAGUGUGCCAUCAAAGAGUUGGUGUUCAGGAGAGGCAAGCAUGGUGGAGGGAACGUCCAGGGUAUUUGAAUGAUGCUUUAGGUCACAUAAAUUUAGGCUGUGGACCAUAUAGCGGCUAGGGCCAACAGGUUGCCCAUCCCAGAAUUAGAAGACAGGUAUAGAAUCUGCAAUGUGAUUGGCUGUUCUGAGGAUGCAAGGACGCAGCACCCAGUUGCUCCUUGUCAAUUAACUUCUGUCUCUCCUCCCCUCCCACUUCUUCACUAGGUGGGUUUUCCUUUAUGAGAAAGGCUACCAGUCCAAGGAUGGCAUUAUCAGCUCCGUCUCAGUGAAGCUCAAAGGAUUAACCCUGACAAAUACCAGUGAGAUCGGCCCACACAUAUGGGACGUGGCUGAUUAUGUUUUCCCUCCUCAGGUAAGGAAUUAAACACUUCUGUCCAACAGAAGGAAAAGAAGCUCUUCGAAAGUUUGGUUUUAAGAAAAAGGAAUUGGUUCCAGUGCCGGUUCACGCCCUCUGGAAAGGAACCAAUUCAAUUCCUGUUCAAUUCGCAACUCAUUCAUGUGGUCCUUCACAUUCUCCACACGGACACCCUAACCAGCCUUCAGAGUUUUACAAACUGCUCUGCUAGUAUAGUUAAGAAGAUGAAGAAAAUGUGGGGAAAAAACAGAGUGGGAUGUCAAUGAUUUUUCCAUUUAUUUCCCCAUAUAAUUAUUAUCUUUAAGCUUAAACAACAACAGCACCUUUCAGAUACAGUGGUACCUCAGGUUACAUACACUUCAGGUUACAUAUGCUUCAGGUUACAGACUCCGCUAACCCAGAAAUAGCACCUCGGGUUAAGAGCUUUGCUUCAGGAUGAGAACAGAAAUCGUGCUCCGGCGGCGCAGCAGCAGUGGGAGGCCCCAUUAGCUAAAGUGGUGCUUCAGGUUAAGAACAGUUUCAGGUUAAGAACAGACCACCAGAACGAAUUAAGUACUUAACCCGAGGUACCACUGUAGGUAAAAUGAUUAUCACAAUCAAACACAGAGUUAAGUGUGGCCACACACACUGUGAAUGUGACACAAACCGCAAUGAGACCCAGCAGUAUGUAAAAAUAUUUGCAAUGUACCCCAAAGUACAAACAUGUAAAAAAACAAAAAGGACAAUCAGUUAACAGCAACACAAAUAGAACUGUGAUACUAUGGAACAACCAGUUAUAGAUCUGUUUUGAGCAGUAAAUCUUUAUCCUCUAUGUCCCAGUUUAUCCUAAGUCCAUAGCUGCCAACGUUUCCCUUUUUUUAAGGGAAAUUCCCUUAUUCCGAAUAGGAUUCCUCGCAAGAAAAGCGAAAAGUUGACAGCUAUGCCUAAGUCUCCUUGGCGAAAGCUUUUCUCAACUAUCAUCUUUGAGGAAUGUGUCCCAGUAAUCCGGGAUGUGCAUCAGCGACUGAUAAGAAGUCUUUGAGCUGAGCAGUUUUCUUUUUCACGAGAGGCUGUGAUGGAAGUUUUUAACAAAAAUUGGCCAUUCACCCUUCUUUUGUCCUGGUUGUAUUAAUUGGACAGUUUUUCUUCCUGCUUAGUGCUGUUUAUACAUAUUUGAACUCUGUACGCAAAUGGCAGUGCUUGUUGGUAGCUGAUAUCCAGGACAUAUUCACCCCUUACACGUAAAGCACUAUGAUACUAUAAGCAGUCAUGGGUUUCCCCAAAGAAUUCUGGGAGCUGUAGUUUGCUAAGAAUACAGAGAGUUUUUAGGAGGCCCCUAUUCCCCUCACAGAGCUACAAUUCCAAAAGUGGUUUAACCACCAAUGCCCUUUCCCAGGGAAUUCUGGGAAUUGUACCGUUCUGUGGGGAAUAAGAGCAGGAAAGUUGAUAGUAUUAUUAUUAUUUUUUAUUGCCAUUACCCGCCCUUCACCAGCAGGUCCCAGGGUAGGUGACAACAACUUGAAAUUAUGAAUUAGAAGCAGUUGAAACACAUUACAGUCACAGGAAUAGGGUGGGCCCCCAAAACACACAUCUCAGGGGCAAAAAUGUGUGUCUUCAGCAUUUGCCGAAAGCAGUACAGUGGUACCUCAGGUUACAUACGCUUCAGGUUACAUACGCUUCAGGUUACAGACUCGACUAACCCAGAAACAGUACCUCAAGUUAAGAACUUUGCUUCAGGAUGAGAACAGAAAUCAUACUCCAGUGGUGCGGCAGCAGUAGGAGGCCCCAUUAGCUAAAGUGGUGCUUCAGGUUAAGAACAGUUUCAGGUUAAGAACGGACCUCCAGAACGAAUUAAGUUCUUAACCCGAGGUACCACUGUAUAGCGAAGAAACCAGUUGCAUCUCCCUAGCAAGGGAAUCCCACAAUUUAGAGGCUGGUUGAUAUGGCAGCUUGAUGUGUUAUGAACCAACCUUCUCAUCAUUAAAUAAUGGAUGGAGGAGAUUUUGUAAUAAGCUGACCUGGAAUUUGAUAAUGCCACCACCAGGGUAAAAGGCAAGCUGUUAAGCCAAACUGUGGACCACCUGGUUCACAGAAUCACAGAAUUCUACAGUUGGAAGGGAUCCUGAGGGUCAUCUAGUCCAACCCCCUGCAACGCAGGAAUCACAGCUACAGAAUCCCUGACAGGUGGCCACCCAACCUCUGCUUAAGGACCUUCCGUGAAGGAGAGUCCACCACCUUCACAAGGAGUCUGUUCCACUGUUGAACAGAGAGCAGAAGAGGCAUGUUGUUGUUGUUUAGUCGUUUAGCCGUGUCCGACUCUUCGUGACCCCAUGGACCAGAGCACGCCAGGCUCUCCUGUCUUCCACUGCCUCCCGCAGUUUAGUCAAACUCAUACUGGUAGCUUCGAGAACACUCUCCAACCAUCUCGUCCUCUGUUGUCCCCUUCUCCUUGUGCCCUCCAUCUUUCCCAACAUCAGGGUCUUUUCCAGGGAGUCUUCUCUUCUCAUGAGGUGGCCAAAGUAUUGGAGCCUCAGCUUCAGGAUCUGUCCUUCCAGCGAGCACUCAGGGCUGAUUUCCUUAAGAAUGGAUAGGUUUGAUCUUCUUGCAGUCCAUGGGACUCUCAAGAGUCUCUUCCAGCACCAUAAUUCAAAAGAGGUCCAAUUACUCUUCUCCUUAACCAAGCUAUCUGGUCUUAUUUUCCUCUGUAGGGCGACAGUUCCUUUGUGGUUAUGACCAAUUUCAUUAUCACCCGUGGACAGAAGCAGGAAACGUGCCCUGAGGUAAUCGGUUGUUUCUUAAUCCCACAUAACUCUCUUUCCUUCUUCAGAAAGUGCUCACAGCAGCCAGCAGCGAACACACACAAAAUUAGGCUGCGCAAUAUUUGCCGGCGAGUCCAGAGUUUGGAGUCCUGGAGUGGAGAAGAUGAGUAGCAACAUCUUUGAGGAGCACCCCGGCUCUCAAUGAGUUCAGCGAGAGAGGGGGCAUUCCGGCAAUAGCAUAAAUUGGGGGGCAGUGGGAAGGCAGGGAGUGGCACACCCCUGUUUCGCUUCAGGCGGCGAAACAGGAUGGACCGCCCCUGCUCCCUGCCUAGGGACAACAGGCAGGUGCUUUCACUGCACUUCUUUUGGUGCCUGCUAAAAACUUUUUUUUAAAUUGUUUUCAUUUCAUUUCACAAGUGUAAAGUUAUAACAAUACCAAAUACAUAUCCAUAUAAAGAGAUUUCUCUGAAUCUCGGGACUUCCCACUAUCCCCUCCCUGGGUUCUAUUGCCAACAUUUUCAAAUGAAUAUUAUUUCACAACCUCUAUUUUGCAUCUGUCCAUAUCGUCCAUAGUAUUUGUUACCUACAAGUGUUAUUAGUAAAGGUAAAGGGACCUCUGACCUCUGACUCUGGGGUUGCGGCGCUCAUCUCGCUUUAUUGGCUGAGGGAGCUGGCAUACAGCUUCCGGGUCAUGUGGCCAGCAUGACUGAGCCGCUUCUGACGAACCAGAGCAGUGCACAGAAACGCCGUUUACCUUCCUGCCGGAGCAGUACCUAUUUAUCUACUUGCACUUUGACGUGCUUUCAAACUGCUAGGUUGGCAGGAGCAGGGACCGAGCAACGGGAGCUUGCCCCAUCACGGGGAUUCAAACCGCUGACCUUCUGAUCGGCAAGCCCUAGGCUCUGUGGUUUAACCCACAGUGCCACCGGCAUCCCUUACAAGUGUUAUUAGAAUCUUGCUAAUGUUUUCAUCUGCUUACAGUGGUCUAAAAACAAUUUUUGUUUAGGUGAGCCUACCCAGAUGUUUUGAAUGUUGGCAUGUGUUUUAAUCCCGUUUUUAGCUUUUUUUGUAAUUAAUACAUUACCAAAUAGUUGUUUUUAGCUGUUUUCAAUCUCACUGUUUUGCAAACUGCUCUGAGGGUUGUUGGUUUUGUUUGUUUUUUGUUUUUUUACAAUCAAGCGGCAUUUAAAUUUUAUUCCAAUAAAUAAAUAAACUCCCUAGAGUCAUAGAAUUGAAGAGUUGUAAGGGGCCCUAAGGAUCCACUAGUCCAACCCCCUGCAAUGCAGGAAUCUUGGCUAAAGCAUCCAUGACAGAUGGCCAUCCAACCUCUGCUUCAAAAACCUCCUAUGAAGGAGAGCCACCACCUUUCGAGGGAGUCUGUUGGAUUGCCGAACAGCUAUGAGUAUAAAGAGCUGUUAGACUUUCACACAGCUCUGACCACUGACCCAUCCACAGGGGUCAAACGCAGCCAGCUGCAACGCAGCUCUUUGCUCCAUAGAUCUGCUUUAAUCCACAGCAGUUCCACCAAGCUAUGCAUCUGUGGGAAGAAAGGUGGCAGUCCUACCAGCUGCAGUCUGGCUCCUGCCCCUCCUAGACCUGUAUCAUGCCACGUCUGGGGCUGAUGGGGAGUUUUAGUCCAAAACACCUGGAUCGAACCAGGACGGAGAAGGAUGACUUUCUCCUAAAGAUACAAGCAGGCCACCACGAUAAUAACAUUCCAUCAUCUGGCUAAAACAUUCAAGAGGACACCCUGUCAACUGCCUUCUUAUUUUACCACGAAAGCCCAAAUUAAAUACAGUGGUACCUCGGGUUAAAGAUGCUUCAGGUUACAUAAGCUUCAGGUUACAGACUCCGCUAACCCAGAAAUAUUACCUCGGGUUAAGAACUUUGCUUCAGGAUGAGAACAGAAAUCGUGCAGCAGCAGCGCAGCGGCAGCAGGAGGCCCCAUUAGCUAAAGUGGUGCUUCAGGUUAAGAACAGUUUCAGGUUAAGAACAGACCUCCAGAACGAAUUAAGUUCUUAACGCGAGGUACCACUGUAGAGAAGAGUUUCAAAUGGGGCUAAGUUGGCAAAAACUAACAGGCAGGAGCAGAAGCUCUGCGAGUUUAAGGCUAGCACUGGACUGAAGAGUAACAGAUUCUGUCUCCCACCUCCCUCCCUCUGCAAAGCCCAGGAAUUUAAUGUAAUCAGAGGCCACUGAUAUUGCAAAGCUUUCUGCGGACGCAGAUGAUUCAGAAGGGAGUGUUCUUGCCCCAGUGGGAAGUAGCAGCAAUUGUGCAAGAACGGGAGAGCCCCAACCCUGAAAAGAAACGAGCAUAAAUGUUAAUAGGGGGGAGUUCCAAAAGGUCCCGACUAGGAAGGGUGAAAGGUCUGCAAAGUGGCCAGGAUGAGGGAUGUCGCAAGACGUUUGUACAAAUUAAUUGAAGUGCUUUAAUGAAGUGCUUUCCUGGCAAACAACCAAGAAGCAGAGCACUAAUCAGGGACAAAGCAAAACAAGUAACGGGAUGAGAGUCCUUGUGCUAUUUUCAGGGAUGCAUCAAGCUGAUGCAGACAAUGCCAUAAAACUUUGUUUCUUGUCCUCCUUUCCAUACCACGCAAGGUCAUCCGCCAUCAGGAACCUGCCCCUCCACCAACACACACCAUCUCCCAAGUCUUGCUGCUUCCAUCCUGUAACCCCCAGUGAAGUGAGACUCACUUCCUCAGCAAACCUUCCAACCAUGCAGCCUGACUUGUGCUCCUCCAUCACUAGUUUGAUUCUUCCCAUCCCAACAAUCAGGGGUGGUCGGAGUUUUAGUCCAGCAGCGUCUGGAGGGCCACAGAGUCCCCAGCAAUGAUGUACCUGAUGUAAGAAUGCAAAAGAGAUGUGAUGUAAAUUUACAUCCUGGUUGUUGAGUGACACACGUUUUUUCUGCCCUUAUCUCAGCAUCCCGAAGCAGGGAAAUGUGACCAAGACAGCGAAUGCACUGCCGGAAAGUUCCUUCGUCAGGGCCAAGGUGAGAAGGAAACUGUGCAGGCAAUAAGCCCUUGUUGCGUUCACCCUGUGACUCAUUAUGUAUCUUCCUAUAUAUAUAAAAACGUAAGGCUGUCGUCACACAGCCCGCAUUGGAGGAUUAACAUCACCAUCCCAGAUUUGCAUGAAAUCAGGGCAGGGCUGCAAAAGAGAGGGCAAAAAGCUUUUCUCUAUCCACUCUCUCCAUGCCAUGCAUAAUGUUAUAAACUUCUGUGUUGAUUUGACUGCCAUCAGCCCUGGCUAGUGUGGCAAUAUGUCAGGGAGGAGGAUGGGAGUUAUAGUUCUUCAACCUCUGGAGACCCACAAGUUCCCCAUCCCUGGUCUAAAGCUUUCAAGGUGAAGUGCAUAGAUUAAAUGCAGAAGUUUCCCUUCACAGGUUUACAAACUGCUGGAGGAAAUCAUGGGUUAGAGGAGGCAUGGGCAAACUUGGCCCUCCAGAUGUUUUGGGACUACAACUCCCACCAUCCCUAGCUAACAGGACCAGUGGUCAGGGAUGAUGGGAACUGUAGUCUCAAAACAUCUGGAGGGCCAAGUUUGCCUAUGCCUGGGUUAGAGUGUAGUAGAGCUUUAUCCAAAGACUGCAAAUAGCUCAUGCUGGUCUCUUAGGUGAUCUUUUACUAACCAGACUGUGUUUUCCAUUUCCUGCAGGUAUCAUGACUGGGAAGUGUGUGAAUUUUAGCCACACAGAGAAAACCUGCGAGAUCUUUGGGUGGUGUCCGGUGGAGAUCGAUGACAAAGUUCCUAAGUAAGUCUCUGCUUUCUCAUCCAAGCGACACUAGUCCUCAUAAAAUCAGAAGAAUGUAGGAUGUUGUCUCUUAGACCAUUGGGUCCAUCUAAUCAAUGAUUGCCUAUUCCUGGGAUCCUCAACACAGCAUGAACUGGGAGGGUUUUGUGUGUGCAUUUUUUAUGUGUGUUUGUGUUUGUAUAUGGUUUUAAUUGUUGCUAAUGGCUCUGGAUUGUUUUUAUUAAUAGUGGCAUAUAAUUUUGUAAACAAGUUAGGUGGAAGGGUAUCCCCACCUCCUUUGGACACAGGCAUUUUGACACAUAGGCACUAAUCCUUCUUUUGUCUUACAGCCCCCCUCUGCUUCUGGCGGCUGAAAACUUCACCUUGUUUAUCAAGAACAGUAUCACCUUCCCCAAGUUCAAAGUCGCCAGGUAAGCCCAGGAUCCAUGAGAUCGUGUGGGACAGUCCUCAUGCUAUACGGUAAUGUUGUUGUUGUUGUUGUUGUUGUGUUGUUCUUAUAUUACCUGCCCCUCCAGGGCGACUUAUAAAAUUAAAAACAGUUUAAAAGAAGUUAGAAUCGUAUAAGGGUUUGUUAUUCUGACUGGAGUGUAAUGGAAAUUCAUAAGAUUGGAAUGCAGAAAUAUAGUAAAUCAUCAUCAAACCAUCAAUUCUAGUACACGGGGGGAGGGGGAGCACCUAAAUUGUAUAAUUUGGCUUUGGAAUGAUUGGCAUUAUUAAUGGUAUUAUAAUUUGGCAUUGUUAUAAUGAGGCUUUUAUUGGAUUAUUGUGAUGGAAAGCUAAUAAGAAUUAUUUAAUUUUUAAAAAAGUUAGAAUCAUAAAAAUAAAGUAGGUCCUAAAAUCGUACAGCUCAAGCCGGGGCAAAGAGGUGGGUCUUCAGCAUCCUCUGUGUUAUGUACUGAGUUGAAUAGGAUCCAAAUUGGAUUCAGAAUGCAGCAGUCUGAUUGGUCCUAGAACAAUAGGAUCCAGAAUGUAGCAGUCUGAUUGGGCCACAGGAGGCACCCAAUCCAACUCCAGCUGGAAGUGAAUCCACAACCUGAUUGGCCUACAGGAGAAUCCUGGAAUUAGCCAAUCACGUGGGGCCCAUUGUGUAAAUAAUGUAUAUAAAGCAGACAUUUCGGGGGAACUUCCAUUCCUCCUCACUACUAUGAGCUGAAUAAAGAGCGUGAAAUCCACACUCGACUCCGAGUAUAUUUCACUCUGGAAGCUGUAUAAUGAAGCUGGACACAGGACUCCAGGUGGGGUCCUGUCUUGAACCUACCCUGCCUUUUCCGCUCACGGCAUGAUGCUCAAGGCAGCUGGCAGCCCAGUUAACAACCCUCAUUUAGUGAGCCAUCCGCAAACAGAGAUGACCGGGUUUGUUUCUUCCUCUUCCGCAGACGUAACCUUGUGGAGCGAGUCACCAAGAGCUACCUCAGGAACUGCACCUACCACAAAGACAGGGACCCCCUGUGUCCUGUGUUUGAGCUGGGGUACGUGGUGGAGGAAUCCGGGCAGAAGUUUUCCGUUCUCGCCCUUAAGGUGAGGACUUCCUCCUGGCCAGUCUGGGCAAGGGGAAAUGGGUUGACUAGUAGGUGCUGAGUCAAAGUGGGUAGGGUGCUAAGCAGGCAUGGAUGGCUCCAACUCCUUCAGACGCAAACCAGUUUUGCAGGCUGUGCCGGAUUUACUUAUAAGCUAAACAAGCUAUAGCUUAGGGCCCCACUCUCUUAGGCCCCCCAAAAAAUUUAGGAUGCCCUCUUGUUCCCCUGGGCAGGGGGGCGUCGUUGGCAUCACCAUCUCCUGGGACUGUGACCUCGACUGGCCUGUGAGGCACUGUGUGCCCGUUUACCGGUUCCAUGGGCUUUACAAUGACGACAACAACCUCUCUCCAGGGUUCAACUUCAGGUACGGUGGCCUUUUGGGGUUGUUCUGUCCCGUCUGUCUGUCUCUCCCCCCCCCCUUAUUUAUUUAUUCCAUUUGUAUCCCCACCUUUGCCUCCAAGGAGCUCAACGUGGCACGCUCAGCUCUUCUCCCUCUCCAUUUUUUCCUCACAACAACCCUGUGAGGUAGGUCAGCCUGAGAGAGGCAAGGACUGGUCCUCAAGGUCACAUCCGUGGUGGGUGGGGGGAUUUGAACCCUAGUCUCUCCCAGGUCCUAGUCCGUCACUCUAACCAAUAUGCCACUCACAAAUAAAUGCCAGCUGCUGGCAUCAUACAUGGGGAGAGCACUGCUGUGAGGGGGGUGGCCUGAGGAGAGCCUUGAGGGCCAGACAGAGAGAGACCCUGAGGAUUCCAGUUCCAGGAACCCUUGUUCGUUUUCAUGCAUACAAAUUGCCUCUUUUUGCUUUGAAAGGUACGCCAAAUAUUACAGAGAAAAUGGAAGAGACCUAAGAACCCUGUACAAGGUGUUUGGCAUCCGAUUUGACAUUCUGGUGAACGGGAAGGUAAGGCUCGCUUUGAAAAACGGUUGGUGUUUUCUCCUUGUGGCCUCGAUUAUUGUGAGUGGAGCCUUCCUUCCAAGUAGGCUGGGCAACGUCAGUCAAAUGCAGCUGCGGGUAGGGUUGCCAGACCUCCUGAAAUAUCUAGAUUUGCCUGGCUCCCUCCAGGUGGCAGGGAUAAUUAUUAUUAUUAUUAUUAUUAUUAUUAUUAUUAUUUAUUAUUUAUACCCGGCCCAUCUGGCUGGGCUUCCCCAGCCACCCUGGGCGGCCCCCAACAAAAUAUUAAAAUACAGUAAUGCAUCAAACAUUAAAAGCUUCCCUAAACAGGGCUGCCUUCAAAUGUCUUCUAAAAGUCUGGUAGUUGUUGUUCUCUUUGACAUCUGGUGGGAGGGCGUUCCACAGGGCAGGUACCACUACCGAGAAGGCCCUCUGCCUGGUUCCCUGUGGUGAGGGAACCGCCAGAAGGCCCUCAGCGCUGGACCUCAGUGUCUGGGCAGAACAAUAAAUCUCCAGGUAGGGCUUGAAUCUCGAGGUGGGCGAGAGCGCCUUCAAUAAUAAUAAAAAUAUUGAGAAGAAUGUGCAUGCAGCUUGCUGGCUGCAAAUUAUAGCCUAGACUAUCUGGGUCGGUGGGUUGCCUUCCUCUGCUCCCCUCUCCAAUUAACCUCCAUCUCCAGGGCCUGCCCCAUGACAUUACAUGGGGCCAUCCCUAUGUCUCAGGUUUGGACCUUGAAAUCUCAGGGUCUGGGAUGCUCCUGACCUGGCCAUCCUAGCUGGGUACCUGGUUUGACCAACCCUCACCCCCUCAUCUAUCCCAGCUUUUCUUAAAGGUGUUCAGGGCAGUAUACAUGGUUCUCCAACCCCAUCUCAUGCUCACAACAACCUUGUGAGGUAGGUGACACAAGGAGAAAGUAUGAUGAGCCCAAACUUCUUGGUUGAGUGAGGAUUUGAACUCGGGUCUCCUUGUCAGUUGCUCUAACCCAAAGAAGGGAACCUGUGGCCCUCCAGGUGUUAACUGGAGUCCAACUCCCAUCAGCCCCAGGCAGGAUGAUGGAAGCUGGGAGUUCAGCAACAUCUGGAGGGAUGAAGGUUCCUCACUACUCCUCUAACCACUAUACCUCAGUGCCUCUCAGUCCCAGGUAGAUAGCUCAAGCAGAAGGUUUACCUGCAUUGGGUGCAGAUCAUGCACUCCAUAUUGUGAAACUCCUGUUGGGUUAGAUGGAAUUUAUUCCCAAGCAAGAUGCAUAUCAGGGGGUGGGGCAUCCCCAGGCCACACCCCUUCCUGCAGCUUUAAUCACCCACAGUUGUGCAGAAUUAACCAAUCAAAGCUCACUUGCUUUCUUUGGUGGCCAUAAAGGACACUAACAGUUCUCCCCUUGCCAUCUCUGUUCCUAUCCAGGCAGGAAAAUUUGACAUUAUUCCAACGAUGACAACCAUAGGCUCCGGGAUUGGCAUCUUUGGAGUGGUAAGUGCUGUUAUGAAGAACCCCGGAGGAGUCUGGCUGCUAGAUCAGGCCCUAGAGGGUCUGUCUAGUCUCACUGUGGCCAACCAGAUGGCUGUGGCAAACUCUGAAGCAGGACCCGGGUGCAAGAGCACUCUCCUCACUUGUAACGCCCAGCCACUGGAAUUCAGAAUCAACAACAGCACCUCCAACAGCAGACAGAACACAGCCACCAUGGCUAGUAGCCACUGACGGUCCUUUUCUCCAUUAAUCUAAUUCUCUUGUAGAGCCAUCCAAGUUGGUCGCCAUCACUGCCUCCUGUGGCAGGGAGUUCCCCAGUUUCACUAUGUGCUGUGUAAGGAAGUACAGUGGUACCUCGGGUUACAGAUGCUUCAGGUUACAGACUCCGCUAACCCAGAAAUAGUACCUUGGGUUAAGAACUUUACCUCAGGAUGGGACUAGAAAUCGUGCAGCGGCAGCAGGAGGCCCCAUUAGCUAAAGUGGUGCUUCAGGUUAAGAACAGUUUCAGGUUAAGAACGAAUUAAGCUCUAUUCUGGCUAUGAAACAGGUGAAACUCCAAAAGAAUCUGCAGGCAUUUACAACCUCGGGGGUUGUUGUCACUUAAUGCAUCAACAUAAAGAGAGGACAGAAGAAGACACAGAUUUGCCAGAGAUCUGCAUGCCAAAUUAUUGGCAUAGAAACCAAUUUGGAUUCAAUGGCUAUAGUUUAAAUGCAACAUGCAACCCAUCUCGCCAUUGUUGGGAAGACUGUGACCAGGUGGUCUGUGUGGUUUUCUCAGGCCACAUUCACACCAUCCAUUUAAAAUACUCUGGUGCCACUUCUGAUGGUCAUGGCAUCCUGGAGUUAAGGGUGCUGAGAGUUGUUAGGAGACCCCAUGUUCCCCUCACAAAGAUCCCUGGAAAGAGGGACUGAUUGUUCAACCACUUUGGGAACUGAAGCUCUGUGAGGGGCAUAGGAGCCUCACAGCACCCUUAACAAACUACAGUUCCCAGAAGUCUUUGGGAGAUGUCAUCAAGCCUCUGCUUAAAAACCUCCAACAAAGGAGAGUCCACCAGCUUCUAAGGGAGCCCAUUAUACCCUCCAACGUCUCUCCAAUGAAAAUAGGGACAUCCUAAUAAUAAUAAUAAUAAUAAUAAUAAUAAUAAUAAUAAUAAUAAUAAUUUAUUAUUUGUACCCCGCCCAUCUGGCUGGGUUUCCCCAGCCACUCUGGGCGGCUUCCACAAAGACAAAAAAUACACUAAGGAAAGCGGGAUAUUCCGGGAUCAAAUCAGAAACCAGGACAGCUUCUGUGAAUCCUGUAAUGUCCCUGGAAAAGAGGAACACUUGAAGGGUCUGGUCCAUUCCACUGUUGAACAGCUUUUAAGAAAGUUAUUCCCAAUGCUAGUCGGAGUCCAUGUGCUGAUUUUUUCUACCUGUGUGAGUACACUGACAUUCACCGCCCUUUCAGAGAUUUAGCUUCCAGAGACUCAAUUUUUCUGUGAAAGAUUAUAAUGGGAGACAAAACUAGCUUUAGAAGGAGCACAUGGCAGAAAACAGAGACUUCACUACCUUGUAAAAUAAGGAAAGUGAGAGUGUCUGUGGGAAUGGCAGGAGGGCAUCGUCACUCGGGUCCAUCUGUAGCCACCCAAAUCACAUGUCAACAACACUGGAAGUCCUGUUUUGUCUUCUGCAGGCCUCUGUACUUUGUGAUCUCCUUCUGCUCAACUUCCUAUCCAACCGGGACUACUACAAGCAGAAGAAGUUCAAGUAUGCAGAACAGGAUUCCAUCAAACCUGUGAGUAGGCAUCACAUUCUUCCUCCUCUCCAGAAGGGCCGCAACACGCCAUAAAUCUGGGCCGCGUCUGCUGCUCGCCAUGGUUAACGGUUUGGGCUUGGAAGAGGGUGGUUUAGAUUCCAAUCCUUUUUUGGCCAUAAUGCUCAAGAAGCAACAGCAGCCAUGCCACGAUCUGUUGACCCAAGGCCGGCUCUACUGUUAGGUGGCGUGUGGUGGCAGCCUUAGUUGCUGAGGGAUGGCAGCGAGAUGUUGGAAGGCAGAAUUGGGGGCUUCACGUUAUGCCCUACACUCACUUUAGCUGCCCUCGGGUGUGGUGUGGGCGUCUACCACCAGUGCUUACGUAAGAUUCGAGUGCGAGACCAGUCGGCUUCUGUAGCCGGAAUGAGGAAGGCGCAUCACCUUGUCCUUUGUCUCAGGCGGCAAAAUGUUUUCAGCCAGCUCUGACUUGGGUCACAUGCAUUUAAAGCAUUGCAAUACCACUUUAGACAGUCAGGGCUUCCCCCAAAGCAUUCUGGGAGCUGUAGUUUUUUUAAAAGGGUGUGAUAAUUGUUAGAAGACCCCAUUCCCCUCACAGAGAUAUAAUUCCCAGAGUUCCCUGGGAAGAGGGGUUGACUGUUAAAUCACUCUGAGAAUUGAACUUCUGGGAGGAGAACAGGAGGCUCCUAACAACUCUCAGCACCCUUAAAAACUCCCAGAAUUCUUUGGGGGGAAGCCAUGACUGCUUCAAGGGGCAUCAUAGUGCUUUAAACAGACGGUGUAAAUGUGGCUCAUCAUGACAGGGUGAGGUUUAUUUAUUUAUUUUCCUUUAAUUCAAAGAGCUAGGGAGCCUGUAGCCAUUCAUAUAAAGUUCUUUCUUUCCUUCCACCCCUCAAGAUUUUUUGAGGGGGGAAGGCUUUCAUUUCGCUCCCGGUGAAAAAGAGGAAAUUUUGGGGAUGCGAUGCCGGGAUGAACCAACAUGUCUCUCAUUUUAUUUAUUUUAUUUUGGCGUGGGGGAAAUCUUAGGAAAAAGAAGAUGCCGUCAUGUGCGACUUACACGGGAAGGAAAAGGUUGUUCAAUGAAAUUGUAAGUGGCUAUGAAAAACAGUAUAAAAUGAGGUGGUGACUGAGUGCGCAAACCUAUGCAUGUCUGCUUGGCAGUAAAUCCCACUGAAUUCAACACGACUUAGUCCAAAUUAAGCUUCUUCUGUCCUCAUCUAAACAUCCUGUUCAAUCAUUUUGUCCCAAAUGCAAAAACCUCACCCAUCAAGCAUGUGGUCACAUGACGUCCAUUUCACAGAUAAAACCAACAUCGAACAGCACACCAUUACAAUCACCAUAAAUUGUCAUAUUAAUUUAUAAGGACCUGAACAACUUAGGACCCAAGUAUUUUACCUUGGGAAAAUCAUAGAAUUGUUGAGUGGGAGCAUCAUCUAGUCCUGCCCCCACCAACCAUAUUUAUUUAUUUAUUUCAUAAAAUGGGUACACCACGACUGUUUUUUUAAAAAAACAAAAACCAUCAGAGCAUAAAAAGCAAAGAAGAAUGAAAUUAUCAGUUUAAAAAAUGUUAAAAACAAGAAUAUAAAACAUCAAAAAAGGUAGAAUCAGCAAUAAACUAAAAACAGACUAAAACGUGCAUCAACAUUCUACAUAUCUAGUAAAGGUAAAGGUAAAGGGACCCCUGACCAUUAGGUCCAGUCGUGGCCGACUCUGGGGUUGCGGCGCUCAUCUUGCUUUACUGGCCGAGCGAGCCGGCGUACAGCUUCUGGGUCAUGUGGCCAACAUGACUAAGCCGCUUCUGGCGAACCAGAGCAGUGCACGGAAACGCCGUUUACCUUCCUGCCGGAGCGGUACCUAUUUAUCUACUUGCACUUUGUGCUUUUGAACUGCUAGGUUGGCAGGAGCAGGGACCAAGCAACGGGAGCUCACCCCGCCGCGGGGAUUCGAACCGCCGACCUUCUGAUCGGCAAGUCCUAGGCUCUGUGGUUUAACCCACAGCGCCACCAGCGUCCCUACAUAUCUAGUAGGCUUAUCUAAAUAAAAAUGUUUUCAGCAGCUGCUGAAAAGAGUACAGUGAAAGUGCCUGCCUGCUUUCCACAGGCAGGGAGUUCCAACGUGUAGGUGCAGCCACACAGAUGGAUUUCGUACGCAAUGGGUAUUGUGUGGCACCCGUAACAGUGCCAGUUCUGCAUGUUGAAGCAGUCAAGUGGACAUAGAUGGGGGGGGUGAGGCAAUCUCCCAAGGAAACUGGUCCCAAGUUGCUAAGGGCUUUAUAUACUAAUAGUAACAACACCUUGAACUCAGCCCGGUAGCAAAUCAGCAACCAGUGCACAGCUCUGAGCACAGGUGUUACAUGCUGACAAGGCCUCAUCCUGCCAGCAAUCGUGCUGCAAUAUUCCACACUCACUGCAGGUUCUGGAUCAAGUGCAUGAGAAGCCCCCACAGAGAGCACAUUGCAUAGGCAUUCAAGGUUGGUAUCUUUUUUGGUUCCCCUCCCCCCCCCGGGGGGCGGAGGAAGGGUGGUGAGGUGGGGGGGCAGGCCGCCUCGGGUGUCACCACAGAAGCAAAAAAAAAACUUGUUUUGAUGAAUUGGAAGAGCCACAAAAAGAUUCCAUUGAGCACAUGGAUUGAUAAUACGGAGAGAUUAGCUACAUAUUGCAUGUCGACGCAAAUUAAGAAUGGAUAAAUAUGAAGAAAUCUGGAAGGAAUAUUUAAGCGAUAAGGCGGAUAGUAGUGGGAAGUAGGGGGAGGAGAGAAAGGUGGGGAAAUAUUGUUUAAAAAGGUGUUGUUGUUGUUGUUUAGUCAUUUAGUCGUGUCCGACUCUUCGUGACCCCAUGGGCCAGAGCACGCCAGGCACUCCUGUCUUCCACUGCCUCCCGCAGUUUGGUCAAACUCAUGCUGGUAGCUUCGAGAACACUGUCCAACCAUCUUGUCCUCUGUCGUCCCCUUCUCCUUGUGCCCUCCAUCUUUCCCAACAUCAGGGUCUUUUCCAGGGAGUCUUCUCUUCUCAUGAGGUGGCCAAAGUAUUGGAGCCUCAGCUUCAGGAUCUGUCCUUCCAGUGAGCACUCAGGGCUGAUUUCCUUAAGAAUGGAUAGGUUUGAUCUUCUUGCAGUCCAAGGGUGUAGUCAUAGGUAUAUCAGUGUAUUCAAAUCUGAAUUGUCAAAUCUUGUUACAGUGGUACCUCGGGUUACAUAUGCUUCAGGUUACAUACGCUUCAGGUUACAGACUCCGCUAACCCAAAAAUAGUGCUUCAGGUUAAGAACUUUGCUUCAGGAUGAGAACAGAAAUUGUGCUCCGGCGGUGCGGCAGCAGUAGGAGGCCCCAUUAGUGGUGCUUCAGGUUAAGAACAGUUUCAGGUUAAGAACGGACCUCCAGAACGAAUUAAGUACUUAACCCAAGGUACCACUGUAUUAGUGUUAUUAUGGUUUUUGUUGUGUCUUUUGCGAUUGUUGUUUGUAUUGAAAAAAUUAUUAAAUAAUUUUUUUAAAAAAAACACCACUGAGGGGGGUGACAAAAUGUCGGGCGGCACUCACCGCAGGGCCUGCAGCGCGCCUGAGCUAUGCGUCUCUCCUGGGAGUGACGUGGUGGCUUGGGCGCCCGCAGGCUCCGUGCUGCCCCAAACGGUCCGCCUGCUGCCUCUCCCUCAGCUGUAGGGCGGCUGAGUGGGAGGAGGCAGGCAGACUCCUUGGAGGCCCCGCGGAGCGUCCUGCCCUGGCUCACCCCGGGCACAGAGCAUACACACCGCCCCGGGUGCCCAAUCAGCUUGCUUUGCCGCUGCCCCCCCUUUCUUCCUCAUAUAUUUCUUUCUUAACUUCUUGCAGGAUCCACUCACCAAGCACAUGCCCCGCCUCCUCUUCCUUCUCCUCGAAUAUGUGGCUGUCGACCUGAGAGAUUUAUCCACCUACCCCUUCCUGCUGAACCCCGGAAGCACGGGACUCGCCUCCCUUCUACGGCUGUUUUAUAGAUUCCCCCAAUAUUCUCAGUGCAGAGAACACUGAGGGACGUGUUUUUAAGAGUCACUUGAGGUGGACACUGGAACGCUAUAAAAAAAGACAAGAUGCAAGCUGUCUGGGGAGGAUUUGAGACAGCCUCUGGGACUCUCGACUAGGGAUGGUGCAGAAGCCGAGGACAUAUGUCGAAGAGAGAGGGAAAAGCAGCCAUGGUCCUUCUUGGAGUUACACUAUAGAUGCAGCCAAAUUGCACGUAGUUUCUUUUGGAAGUUAGGGAACCAGUAAUGUCAAACUAGCCUAGGGAUGUGGGGUCGAUUCCACUUGCAUUUAAAGAUGAACUUUCCUAGUAGCAACGAAACAAGAUGCAGACUUAAAACACAGCCGUCCUUUCAAAUUCACAAUCUUGUGAUGCAGUUCUCUCAUUCUCAUUUUCCCCCAUCUUAGGUUCAGUUGUCCACAUUUCCACAUCAGUUUGCAAUUAUAUAUCUUUUAAGAAGUCCUUGUGAAAAUGCACCAGCAUUUUAGUGCAAAUUCUCAUGUACACAUUUUUACUUUUUUAAAAAAAUAUUUUCAUUGUUUUUCUUUGAUGUAUAGCAAAACAUAACUAGUCAACUAAACUUAAUUGUAACACACACACACACACACAUCCAGUCUUGCCAGCUACUGGGUAAGUAUUCAAUCCUUAAUAAUAUUCAUGUCUUUUUUUAGUUUUUCUACAAAAUUUCUCCUGCAUCACACAUUUUUGCAUGCAAAGCAUAUUUUGCCAAACACGGUGCAUUUUGGGUUUGCUAUUUUCACCAGCAUAUGCAUUUCUAUGAAAACUUUACCUGUGUACGAUUCUUUGCACACACUGCUUGACCGAAAGAACAGAUUUGCAAAAUUCAGAGAAGUGCAAAUUUUGAAGGACGGCUGUGUCUCUCAGUUCACAAAGUGUGAAUUGCAUAGAUUCACGUUUACGUGUGAACCGAACCAAAUUUCUCCUCCAUUCCUACAAAGCUGAUAAGAAGGACUUGCACCUGGGAUGGCCUUAUGCUGACCCUCUGCAGCAGAGAAAUGUGUGGUUCUUUGGCAAUGCCCAAAGUCCUUAGAGAUGGUGGUUCUAUGUGAGCACCUCAUCUUUGCCAAUGGCAUCAAACACUCCCAAGGCUGCCAUUGACUCUGAAUGGGCCCCUUACUUAAUGGCACAGCUCAGUGGUUUACACACACACACACACACACACACACACCCCACUGCCAUGCUUUUCAGUCAACAGCUGUUCCUGCUGCAUGAAUCCCAGGGAAGGUGGGUUGCAGAGGCCUGUUUUGAAAUAAUAUAUUUUUUAUUUUUAAAAAAAGAGAAAGAGAAAUAAAGACCUUUAGUUUUGGUACUACCUCAA